ACCCUGUGAGCAGUGACCAAGUGUUUUCAAGACCACGCAUUUAAGUCCAGUAUUGCCCUUUGACUUACAGCAGCGAGUGACUACAAAACGCCUUAAAACUCAGAGUUCAGCCCAUAUUUCAACUGUCAAACUCCGACCGCUUGGUCUCUUGCACGCAUUUUUCGGUGCAUUGUUGACCGCGCGGAGGACGGUGCGUGCAAUCAAGGCCUCUAAAACCCCCCUCGCGAGCGCACGCCCACCUCCACGUGCCAUUCAACCGCGAUUGAAUUCAGCGAGAGCGGGAGGUGCGUCGCCUGCACCGCACACGGUAUAUUUGAGCUCCCAGCUUCACAAUGUGUUCAAUUCCCGGGCUUCCAACGCCAGGAUCAGAAGUACCUGUUCUCAUCACGAGUGUAAACCUAAAACCCAGUUGUGGUCUUGUGGAAUUAUGGGUUAACAUGGAUGAUGGAAGGAAGCAUAUUUAUGAGCAGAUGAGAGAGGAAAUUCAGAUUCCUAAAAAAAAAUUUUAUGGAUCAGAGGGAAAACCAGGGGACCAUUGUCUGGUUUGCAUCAGUGACACCUGGCACAGAGCUCGGAUUGUAUUGAUUCAAAGUGAAACUUACUAUGUUUUUCUAAUUGACCAGGGACAGCCCCAUAUCGCCACGAGUGAAGCUUUAGCAUGGGCCCACGAUGACAUUUUUCUCCUUCCUCCUGAAAUUGAAUCUUGUAUACUUGCAAACGUCCUCUCCGUUGAGAAUAACUGGCCAGAAAGAGCCACAAAGUUUUUGAGGUCUUUGCCUGGCAAGAAGUUUACGGGACUGGUUCAACAUGUGCUAAUGCCAGACAGGACGAUUCUCCUUGACAUACCAAUUGUUUCCAGGCACAUGUGUAAGUAUGGAGUUGCAAAGAAAAUCCCAGGGGAUGAGUUUAAUUUCCUUUUACUGAAGUGUCUACAUUUACCCAAAGAAGAGGCUUCUGAGGUCUAUCGUACAACACGGGAACAGAAUUUGAAUGUUAUUUGCCAACUCGAGGAGCAUGACCAAUACUUUUACCCAGAACUAUUAACUGACACGUUUGAAACCAUUAACGUGACAGAGGUAACUGAUCCACAGAACAUUUUUUGCAAGCUCCUAAUUUUUUCCAAGGCAGUGAAGAUAUUAUCAGAACGGAUCCACCAGCACUAUGAAGAGAAUUCAGAUUUUGGAGCAGCGCAACCACAGACCUGUGGGGAUCCAUGUGCUGCUAGAGGCAUAAAUGGCAGAUGGCAUCGCUCAUUACUAAAGCAAAACAUUGUGACUGACGAUGGUGCUGUAGAAGUCUUGCAUGUUGAUGAAGGAAAAACUGAAUUUGUCCCAGUUAGAGACAUCAGACCACUGCAUGGUAUAUUCCUGAGAAUGCCAGUUGUCACAUAUCUCUGUUCUUUUGAUGGACUAAAAGGUAAUGGCACAGGGUGGACUACAGACCAGACUGAUUACUUGAAAUCACUGCUUCUGAACCAGACAGUUGUGGCCAGGUUUGAUCACCACAAUAUAGCUCAAGAUGUCUAUUAUGUCACACUCUAUGCAGCUAAUGCUGCUUGCAUAAACAAUUGUUUUCUAGAGAAGGCAGGACUUUGUCCACAAUCUAAGAGUGAACCUGAAACAACUGCCCAGAAGGAAUCCAUUCCCUCAUCAUUUCUCAGUUCACUUGGAGAUGAACAAUGCAUGGAUUUAAAGAACAGAGUCAAUGUAAAUGUUGAAGAUUUACAAGAUCAAACUUUGCCAAGCACCAAAAACAUAGGAGUCAAUGUCAAGAGGGAUGAUGGACCCACUUCUGACACUGAUGAUAUUCAAAUCAAAGGGCGCUCAGAAAAUCCAGACCCUCUAAUGUAUAACAGUAGGCAUCUUUCAAAAGGUUUCGGCUCUGAGGUGCACAAUGCUUGUGAUGAUGAUGUGUUUACUGUAGGAAGUAGUAUCAGUGUAAAAGUAUCUUGCAUUGAAAGUCUACAGAAGUUCUGGUGUCAAUCAACAGAAAAUGGCGACUCUCUUAGACUCCUUAUGCAAGACCUGCAAAACCACUAUGCAUCCGCAUACCCUCAACCCCUUGUUGACUCCAUCUGUGUCGCCCGUAAUCCAGACAAUGACAUUUGGUACAGAGCAAGGAUCAUUGCAAGUCACCACUCCCCUGUUGUAGAUGUGAGAUUUAUAGACUAUGGUCAAACUGGAAAGGUCCCUCUGCAAGAUUUGCGCCCCAUUGAUCCAGCUUUCUUACGGCUGAAAGCACAGGCUUUCCAGUGUUGUUUAUUCAAUCUUAACAAUUUCACUAAUCCCUCUGCUGUCACUUGGACUGAUGCUACAUUAGAAGAUUUUCAGAAGUUUAUGGAUUCAGGUGCUUUGUCAAACAUUGGAUUGAAAUGCGUUGUGAAAGCUAUAAAAUCUGAUGGAGAAGGUCUGCCAGUUAACGUGGUAGAUAUUGAAACACCAUCUGACAGUGCAUGCAAGCUUCUGGCUCAGAAAUGUGCACAGGCUGAAGCUCACAUGCAUUUUCCUCCAGAGGUCCCAUCAGAUGCAUACAAUUACUCAACUCACAAUAUUGAGGUGGGUGGCAAAGAAAAAGUGUGGGUAACCUCUUCAGAGAAUGUUAGUCAGUUCUACUGCCAACUGGACAGGAAUUCUCAUUUUUUAGACAAAGUGAUGGAAAAUGUUAAACAACUAACUGACCAGUCACACUGCACAGAUCAACCACUUAGACUUAAUAGCAUUUGCUUUGCUAGGUACACAGAUAAUCAGUGGUACAGAGGUAAAAUACUAGAAAUGUCUCCAAAACUUAAAGUGCACUUUGUGGACUAUGGUGAUACACUUGCAGUGAAUGGAUCUGAUAUUCGCCCCUUUACCUCUGGAGGAAAUUUUGCCAGGUCGGUUCCUGUACAGGCUGUUCCACUUGGACUGUUUGAUGUUCCAGGAGAAGUGCCACAGGAAGUUAACCAGUGGUUUGCAGAUCAAGCCAUUGGCCAUAGUUUGACCAUUUUAGUGGUAGAAAAAGGGGCAAAAGGGAAACUAAUUGUUGAACUGUUUGAUGGAUCUGUGAAUGUAAAUGUUAAAGUCAGAGAGAGGAUAGCGAAGAUGGCACGGCAAAAGAUGACUAGUUUCAUGCAGCAAACUGACCACCAGCUUUUUAACAGCACAGAACAGGCUACUGUGCCAAAUGAAGACCUUUUAACGGAAGAGCUAAUGAAUGUAUCAGAAUUAACGAAGACAACAGAGCAAAAUAACAUCCAAAGUAGCAAUGGAAUGUGUGCUAGAGAUGAGCUAAAGAUGAGUUCACAAUCUAUAGCUAAUGUCUGUGCGCCAGAGAUUGAACAGACUUUGAAUGAAAGAAGACAAUCAACUUCAGAUGUUAUCCUUAAGGACAAAGAAUCUGUGUUGGCAGAGACUUUUAUACAAGGUGGUCACAGUGACUCAGAAAUAACACCACUUUCCCUUCCUUCUUGUCCUGAGGGAAGUGUGAACAUCGUCAUGUACAAGAAACCAAAAACCUCCAAAAACCAGAUGGAGAGUGUAUAUGCCUCUUGUAUUGCAGAGCCCCAUUUCUUCUGGUGUCAAUACGCUGACACUGCGGAUCUCAGCAAGUUGUCAAUGCUUGCUCAAGAAGCAGGACAGGCACAGCAGGACAGGAUGUUCCCAGGGACUCUUGGUCCUGGCAGUCCAUGCCUUGCUCUUUUUUCCAGUGACAAUAAGUGGUAUCGAGCUCAGGUAAUUCAGAGAACUGACAAUACUCUUCAUGUUCUGUUUAUUGACUAUGGAAAUGAAUCUGACGUUGACAUCAAGGAUGUGAGAUCACUGCCUCAGAGUCUGCUGGAGAUGGCUCCUCAGGCCUUUUUGUGCUCUUUGAAUGGAUUUGAUGAAUCAAAGGGAACCUGGGAUGACCAAGUUUACGAUGACUUCUACAAUCUCCUGGUUGAUAAACCACUUAGAGUGACAGUGUUCAACAUGGAGGAUCAUUCAGAGAUUGCAGUUCCCCAGUAUGCAGUGGAAGUUGAGUGCGAGGGAUUGGUUGUGAAUACCCUGUUGGAGAAAUACUGGCAAGGACUGGACACAGGUCAUGCCUUGGCAGAAAGUUUGGAAUCAGUGGACCAGGAUAGAAUCAGGACCACAGAUGAGAGUGUUGGUGUUUAAAAUAAUGGAAAAGCCAUCAAAUAUAUGCUCUGGACAAAACGCUUGUGGGGAAACCCUGUUAUGACAGAGCAUUCUUGACUUGUGCAAACUGUCAAAACAUGUUUGUCUUGUUCAACAUUUUACCCCUAUUUUACUAAAUAAAUACACUUGAAUAGAUAA